AUGGCACCACCGGGAAUGGAUGGACGAACCUACCAGAACGGGGUUCACAACGUUACGCCGCGCCACGACUGGCAGCAAUCCCAGAACCAGACGUUGUCCGCAGACUCGUCGUCUCGCGGCAUGGAACGCGUCUCAAUUUCCAACCUACGCACCUCAUUCCGCUCUAACCAUCCGUCGAAUCCCACGAUCCGCGCCGUGACACCCGAGUACCAUCACCCGGACCUCUCGCCAACGCCGUCCGCGAACGCCGUCUUCGAUCCGACUGCCCCUAUGCAGAUACCCCGCGGCAUCACGUCGAACUCCCCUCAAACCUCCCCGAGAUCCAUUCCGGGAGAUUUCUCCAGACGACAGGGCAUGGUGUUUAACGACACUUAUGGUGGUAGUUACGAUAACAACUCGACCAGCCCGCCUCUGAGGCAACAAAGUAGCUUUCGGCCUAGGACACACACCAUGGACGGCGCACUACGGCAGCAAUUUAUGAAUGCUGCCUCUCGAGAGGGCCGACAGCGUGUAGGGUCUUUUUCUUCCUCCGGAUCUCAGCCCUUGUACGACGACGCUCGCUCUCUACCGCCUCCCAUUGAGUCCCUAGGGUUUCCGUCAGUCAUCCCCGCCCGACACUCGGAGAUCCCCCUAGGUGUCGCAAAUAGCUUGAAAGAAAAAAAGUUGUCAACGAAACGUUUGAUCAAGCGCCAAUCUUCCCGGCCAACUUCCCCGCCAACAAGCUCAACGCCGUCCGUUGACUCCCUGCCUAUUCCUGUUCCGACUGAAAAUGCGAAUAACAUUCUGCUUAUGAUGAAAAAUCUGGCCGGGCGUAUGAGGGGCGAAAUCGAGUUCCAAGCUGAUCCUCGAGGUCCCUGGCAGCUUGGUAUCGCGUAUGUGGACGAAGAGAAGGGGAGUUUGAUGUUCGACUCGGGCCAUGAUGGACCAUUUCAUAUCCCCCUUAUUUCCGACCUCCGCGGAUGUCGAGUGGCGCCAGUCACAACACCUGACGGGAAAAGAUGCCUGGAGGUCUCAUGUCCCAUCCAACCCCCGUUGGAUCUUCUAUUGCAUCCACUGUUGGCGGAAGAAAGAGAUCUUUGGCUUGCGGCCCUACUCUGCUGGCAACAACUUCGGCCCCCGAAAGUGAAGCUUUCGAACAGUAAUCGGAGUCCGGCGCCUACCGCCCUGCGUCCAGCAGUUAGAAGGCGUGGCUCUGAGAAUGGAAGUACGAAGACUACGACUGCGUUCAUCAAGGUCGGGCAAGUGAGGCUUUGGGAUAAGGGGCUGGCAAAUUCGCCGAGGGCCAUUGUCAAAAGACCCUCCACGCGAGAUUUGAGGUCGCCAACUACUUCUUGGCGGGUAGUUUCCCUACUUCUUCAAGAAAACGGGGAGGUCCGGCUCACAACAAGGGACGGCGAGGCUGUCAUAGCCGUGGUCGAGCUAUCUCAAUUAUCUCGAUGCGCUAUUCAACAGCUGAACCGGUCAGUCUUGGACGAGGAGUACUGCAUUGGCAUCUUUCCCCACUACUCCCCAAUAUCUACACAGCUAUCCAUAUUCCGUCCUGUGUACAUCGCCCUGGAUAACCGUCUUUUGUUCGAAGUGUGGUUUGUCCUUCUACGAGCUUUCGCCCUACCCGACAUAUUCCGACUAGAUUCACCUGCGGCAGAAGGAGCCUUGGAAGUUACGGACUUGGAGUCGGAGCUUUCUGGCGAGAUAUUCAGGAUCGAAAAGACAAUAAGUCUGCGGGUGACGGAGGCAAAACUGAAACCCAAGACAUGUCCGCCCGACGUUGGCUUCAUCGACCGACAGCCCAAAGACGCGGACCCUUUGACAGGCAACUAUCUGGCGGAGGUCAUCCUGGACGGCGAGGUCCGCGCUCGAUCGACGAUCAAGACUGGAACCAAAAAUCCUUUCUGGCGAGAGGAUUACCAGUUUUCGGAUCUCCCGCCAACUAUGCCAUUCCUCUCCAUCAUUCUGAAAAGAGUGGAUGGGAACCUAGAAAGUUUCAGUCACCAGCUUCAAGCAUCACUUGGCUUGCCCAAGACUGGGAAUUUGACGGAAGUUCUUUGCGGCUCUGUCGACAUUCCCCUGGAUCACGUUGAACCCGGCAAAGAUUUUGAGAGGUGGCUUGAGAUAUACGACGAGCGACAACAAGUAACGGGCACAAUGCUCGUGAAGCUUCAUCAUGAGGAGCUUGUCGUCCUCCAUUCUAAAGAAUACCAGGCGCUAUCAACGUUGCUUCAUAGCUUUCCGACCGGUCUCACUGCCCAGAUCGCCGAUGCCCUUCCUGGCAAUCUGCGUCGGCUUUCCGAAAUUUUUCUGAAUAUCUUUCAAGUGUCAGGUCAUGCCAAUGAAUGGUUGCAAACACUCGUCGAAGACGAGAUUGAUGGUAUUGGCGGUAGCCAAACCCAGAUGAAGAAGUACCGAUUCAGCAGUCGCUUGAAGUCAAAUGAGUCCAUGGAGUCAUCGAGUGACAGAGAGCAGAUUCUUCGCGAUAUGGGUAAAUCUCUUGCGGGAGAAGCCAAUUUGUUAUUCCGAGGCAACACUCUGCUGACGCAAGCUCUCGAGUUUCACAUGAGGCGCUCAGGAAAGGAGUAUCUUGAGCAGAUGUUGCAAGCCAAAAUCUUUGAGAUCAACGAGGCCAAUCCGAACUGCGAGGUCGAUCCGAGCAAGCUCAAACCUGGUGAAAACAUCCAGGAACAUUGGACACGACUCAUCCAGCUAACAAUGGAGGUUUGGCAAUGCAUUUGCAAGGAGCCCACGAAAUGCCCACCGGAGCUUCGGUCAAUCCUCAAAUAUGUACGAGCCGUUGCUGAAGAUCGCUACGGCGACUGGCUACGGACCGUCACUUACACAAGCGUAUCGGGCUUCUUGUUCCUCCGCUUCAUUUGCCCUGCGAUUUUGAGUCCCAAGCUCUUCGGUCUGUUGAGGGAUCACCCUAGACCUCGGGCACAGCGAACCCUCACAUUGGUCGCCAAGGCACUCCAGGCCCUUGGCAACCUUUCUACGUUUGGCAAGAAGGAAGAAUGGAUGGAGCCAAUGAACAAGUUUCUGGGCUCUAACCGUCAAUCCGUCAAGGACUAUAUCGACACGAUCUGCGCCAUUCCCGUGGAACGCAACAAGGUCGCUCUGGGUCCAUCCUACUCAACCCCCAUUGCCAUUCUUGGACGGCUAACGCCGACGGCACGAGAGGGUUUCCCUGCACUGCCUCACUUGAUCGACCACGCUCGUAAUUUCGCGGCACUUGUCAAGAUGUGGACCGAGGCCAACCCUAUCGGGAAUGGCGAGUUCAUCAAACCUGUAGGCGGCGAGGACGACAUUCUCAUUUUCAAUGAGAUGUGCUUGGUCCUGCAGGAGCGCGCAGAGUUGUGCUACUCGAAGAUGGAUGGCUCUUCUCAAGAGACUGCAUCUCUUCCUGCAUCCGAUUUCGCCGACGCAAUGGACCACAACUCCGCCAUUUUGGAUUCCAUGAGCCUUUCCACGCAUCACAACAACCACUCAGAACCGACCUCAGUGAAUACCUCCACAGUUUGGCUUGACCAAGACAAUUACCAGCCUCCUGGGUCUGCUGGUAGCGACGUAUUGAUUGAUGUGCCUGCGCGAAGAAGCCGUGAGCAUCGCCGUGGCCGAGACUUCAACUCCCUGCGGCAAGCUCCUGGACACUCAGAGCACGCGUCUUCGCAUCUAGCUACGCUCAAGCGGAAUGGCAGGGCUACUCGCCAGAUUCUGUCUGGCAUUAUGAAGCCAUUCGCGCGGAGUGACUCGCCCGAGUCGUCUCCGUCGACGACGCGAGGCAAAAACAUCGACCGAUCCUGGAACACUGGUUAUUGA